AUGCCGAGUUUAAUACAAAGCCAGGAGUCUUUUAAUGAACUAUUUCCUAGCCCAGUAAAGAAACGGCCCUCCAAACCACAAUUAAGGACAGAGAAAAUACAACAUAUAAGGUUAAAUUCUGCCGAAGGUGGCCUUUCUGAUAAUGAGGAGCUGUUAAAUUUGAUAUACAAGCAGAUAAGCAAGUCUAAGAAAAUAAUGGUUUUAACAGGAGCUGGUAUUUCUUGCAAUGCAGGGAUACCUGAUUUCCGGUCAUCUGAGGGAUUAUACAACCUUGUGAAGAAACAGUAUCCAGAUGUCCAAAUUAGGUCGGGCCAAGAUAUGUUUGAUAUAUCUUUGUUUCGAGAAGAGAAGCUAAUAAGUGUUUUUGCAACGUUCAUGGAUUCUUUGCAUUCAAGCGCUAUUGUAGCAAAGCCUACAAAAACGCACGAAUUUAUUGCACAUUUGAAAGAUAGGAGCAAAUUACUACGCUGUUAUACUCAGAAUAUAGAUGGUCUAGAGGAGCACCUUGGGCUUGCGUUGUCCAAACCAAUGGACCCACGCGUCUCUUUCAGUUCUCAGUGGAAAAGUUUUGAUGUAGUCCAGCUACACGGGGACUUAAACUCCUUGUCAUGCACGCAAUGUUUCAAUAAUUUUUCGUGGUCACGUUCAUGGAAGCGGGUUUUGAAAGCUGGAGAAUUACCCACCUGUCCGCGCUGUGUGGAGCUAAAUGAAAUAAGAACAAACCAGGGUAAGCGAUCGCGAACGAACGUGGGGAUUUUAAGGCCAAACAUUGUGCUCUACGGAGAAAAUCAUCCGAGUGGUGAGUUCAUUAGACAAGGCCUAAAUUUAGACGUUGCUAAAGGCAAGCCUGAUCUAUUGAUCGUCAUGGGAACCAGCUUGAAAGUCGAUGGCGUGAGAAGGUUGGUGAAAAGCAUUAGUAAACAAGUUCAUGAGAAGUCUGGACUCGUGCUAUUUAUAAAUAACUCUAACAUUGGUGAUUGCAGUUGGCAUGGAAUAAUAGAUUACCAAAUAGAGUCUGAUUGUGAUCUCUGGGUUGCUGAUUUGAAGAGGAGAAUCCCUGAGUUCUUUCUUUCGCAACAACAGGCUGAUCGUGCCAGGCAACUGAAAAGAGAAGCUAGCGAAUUGAGAAAAAAACAACGUGAACAAAGAGAGAGAGAAGCUCUUGAGCAACAAGGUCCUUUGACUCCAAACACUCCACCCAGUACACCAUCACCACCGAGAUGGAGGGAACCAACUACUCCUGAGUUAAAUUUUGAUGACCAGCACACGAAUGAGUUGGCUCCGGCUGCAAUUCAGGAAGCAUAUACAGAUCCAAUCAUUGUAAAAGAGGACCCGAUGAGCGACGUAUUCAUGCGAUUAAUAAAGGAUAAUAGACAAUAUAAAACGUUUAAUGUCGUACAACCAAAAGAAGUCAUGAUACGUGAUAGAACACCUUUGGAGAACUCACAUAAACGUAGACGUUUAUUGGAUAAAAACACUAAACAAGAAGUCGAAGGUAUACCCACAGAUAUGGACGAAAAAAAUCCAAAUCAAUUAAUCCUGGAGGGAAAGUGA